AUGGAACACAACAAUGCUGUGUUGCAGGAGGAGGCAUCCAGUCCCAUGAGACAAGGGAAGAGAGAGAAAGAGAGAGCAGAGAUGGUUGUGGCAUGGGUUCUCUACUGGCUGAGAUAUAGUGAGGUGGCGAUAAUGUUGUUCAAUUUUGGUUGUGUCCGACUUAGAAAUCUGGCGGAGGAGAAGUGGGCUCCUCCGGCGAAGAUGAACGCUGGCGUUUAG